AUGCCCAAUCCAAGGCGCCGCGGAGUGUAUGAUGGAGUGGAAUACGUUGUUGUCAAAAGAGACGGUGUGAGGAAGGCGGGUCCAUUUGACGGCAUCGAGCUGGAGAAGCCUACAGCAACCGUGGACCGAAUCCACCGACGACGCUCCUUCACCCGACGACAGCAACCUUCCCCUACAGACACAGACGAUGAAAGCGAUGAUGAGGACGAUCAUGCUUCGACGACUCCAACGAUACGCACGACCCCGACGCUCACGAUUCCAACGGGAACCCCUGCUCUUUUGGUCACUAUGACUGUGGCCGGGCCCCAAGCUACUAUAGCUUUAGCGCCACAAAGACCACCAUCCAGUGAUCGCGAGGGAGGAAUCUCUCGAACAACCGAGCACUUGCUCAUAGCUGCUGGCUCAAUUGGUGCGACUAUCGUCAUUGUUAUGAUUAUACUGGCCAUCUAUACAAUGCGAAAGCGUGGUCUCUCAACCAGGGAUGUUGUGCAGCGGGCCAAGAACCGAAUGAACCGUGGUCCUCCACCUCCACCCAAAUACGACAUGGACAACAAGCAAUCGUACGACGACGACUAUGCAAACGCAAAGAACAAAUCAGUGCUUCCACCUAUACCAGCUGCAAUCAAAUCCCGGUCAGGUUCACUAUCGACAAAGACACCCUUGCAAGCUCUCGGUCGAAGUGCCAGCCAACGAAAUCUUGAAAGUGGUGGUUUAGGAAAUAGGAGCUUUUACAACAGUACUCCCUCCCGGCAAGACUCGCACCGUCGCGACAUCAGCGCAACUCCUUCCUCGCCUAUACUUCCCAUCCAGAGCAUGCGACGAAGUGCUUCAACGCGCAACACGAGAUCACUAAACGGCGACGAAGAAGCCCUACAGUAUUCCGACUCGCCACAGCAGCGAGCAUUGCCACCGGCCCCCACAUUCAGACAGUUCCUUUCCAACCGGCCGUCUAUAUCCCACCGGCCCGGCCUUGGAGGAGCCAUGAUGAGCAGAUUCAGCUGGACCAAUUCCAACGCACCCCAGACGCCCCACGACCCUUCGCGCGACACGGUAGCCCAACCAAUAGGACGGGACAGCUUCAUGACACAGCGUUCGUCCGUUGGGCGCUUCCGCACCGUCGACUCGUGGGUCAAACAGCAGUCGAAUCGAGUAGAGGAGCAGCGACUCAAACAGCAGUUCCGCAUGACGCAGUCCUCCACUUCCUCGGGAGAGGGCGACGACGUCGAUCAAGUCCCAGAGAUGCCCGCCGUGCCUAAGAAGUCAAAGGACGCUCGCGCGAGCAGCCUGCCGGGAAAAGACAUCAAGCAUCAGCGACACGAUACAACGACGACGGUACAGACGGCCCCCAUCUUCAAAGCCCAUCCUGGAACGGAAGUGAGGUUCAGCGUGAGAAGUGAAGUGCCCAGUGAGGUGCUGGAUAUGGGGAGGAAGAACGCUGCGCUGUGA